AUGGAGCAAGAUUCCCUCUCCAGUCUACCGUGUGGCAGGACAAAUGGGCCGCUGGGGCAGAGGAGGGCAGAGGCCCUUGCCAAAGCCACCAGCCGCGAGUUCUACCAGAGCGAGCGCGUGAAGCAAUUUCACUGCGCCCUCCUGCUCACGGAGACACUGAAGGAGAGGGAAGAGCAGAUAGAGCUGAAGCAGAAGAUGCAGGAUGCCGCCAACGAGGAGACCAAGAAGUUCAUGGCCGAGAUCAGGCGCAGGGAGAUGGAGGCCGUGGAGCAGGAGCGGCAGAAGGUCAGGCAGCGAGAGGCGGACAAGAUGGCCGUGGCGGAGUACGUGAAGCAGCAGCUGCGGGAGCAGGAGCUGAUGAGGAAGCUGCGCAAGCUGGAGAAGGAGCGGGAGAUAGAGGAGUGCCAGCAGCUGCGCAAGAAGUACGAGAGGGAGAAGAUGAUGAUGCAGAAGCAGCAGCAGGAGGAGAAGAGGAACGCCAGGAAGGCCCACAGGGAGCACCUGUCCGCGCGAGACGCCGUCCGCGCCAAGGAGGAGGAGAAGUACAGGCAGGCGGAGGAGCGGCGGCGGCAGGUGGACGCAGAGAACGAGAGCCGGAUGAGGAAGAGGAUGGAGGAGGACGCGGAGCGGCACUGGCAGAUACAGAAGCACAAGGACACGAUGGCCGAGCGGCUGGCAGCACAGCUGCAGGAGCAGGCGAGCAAGGAGGAGGAGCGCACUGCCCGCGCCAUAGCCGUGUCCCUGGCCAAGCGUGAGGCCGAGCUGGAGCGCGAGCGCAAGGAGAAGGCGGAGAAGAAGGCGGCCAUGCUGAGCGCCAUCGCCGCCAUCAGGGAGAGCAAGCGGAAGGAGGAGGAGCAGCGGGCGCGCGACGAGAAGAGGAACGCGCGCGACGCCUUCCACGCCCGGCAGGAGGAGGCCCGCACCUUCGCCGAGGAGCAGCAGCGGCAGGCGCAGAAGAAGAAGGACGAGCGCGGCUCCAUGGACAGCGUCCUCCGCCGGCAGAUGGCCGAGCGCUGCGCCAAGAGCCGGCGCCUGAAGAAGGAGGACAAGGAGUUCGACAGCAGGAACGUGCACCUGCUUGCGGCGGAGGAGGAGCAGUUCCAGCAGUAUGCUACCGGUGUGAUCGAGGCGGCCGCCGAGGCCAAAAGGAACACCUUCCCGCUCCACAAGAUUGUCCGGCAGGGCCCCCAGGUCGGGCUGGGCCCCCUCUUUGGCGGAAUGAGAGCAAGUUACCUAGCUCCGGGAAGCUCCCAUUCUCAGAUGACCAACUACAUUACCAGCACAAAUGAAGACAUCAACAGGCUGUACGGGAAACCUGACAAGCCGGCGCUAGCAGCCUCAAGCAGAAGACUAGACUUCAUCUGGUGA